AUGAUAAAUCUGGCGGUGAUUGGUGGUCAUAUUUGGACCUCUUUGAUAGGUCAGUCUCUACAGGAACGCAUCCUUUGUGGUGGACAUGCCCGAGUGCAAGGUGUCCCUACCUGUCCGCUGAGUCCCGUGCCUCCCUCCGCAUCUGAUUCUCCUCCCUGUAAUAAAGAUCCCAAUUGCUCUGUGAAGCGCGAUGCACUGGUGGAUGAGGGGAACUCCGUAAAUCCUUCUGAGGUGGCAUGUUUGGCUUCUGAACGUGAUCGUGCAGUUGAAAAUGCAUCCAUCACUGCCUGUAAUGUUGAUACAGCAGCAAAUGCCUCCGUAGCUGCUAAUAAGAACAAAACUCCUGUUUCGGAAGUUGUUGCUUCCAGUGAUUUUAGUUUCAACCCAAAGGUUAAAUGCUCCGUGGCAUUGUCAUCAGACCACGGCAGUGGAAGGCACUCUUAUCGUUCAUCAAUCUGUACGGAUUCCCACGUCAGCGCUGCCUAUCGUGACGAAGCUUCAAACUCUUCCCGACUUAAUGAGUUGGCUGUGAAACUGAAAAUGCCUGAAGUGUUAUCUUUCCUUGAUUUUGUUAACAAGAUGGAUGAAGUUCUAGCCUCAGGCACGGUGGAGAUUUCUUCGGGAGUUCCAGCGGCUUCCAUGCCCUUGGUUCCAACUCAGACUGCGCCCUCUCAACCGGGUGUUUCUGAGGCUUCAAAAGGUGUUGUUCCAGCUCCCGGUCGAGUACGCCGUAGAUCCACCUCAUCUAGGUCUUCUAGGUCCAUGAGGUCGCUCAGACGCGACAUGUCUCGCUCCUCUUCCCCUUCCUCCGAUCGCUACUACCGCCGCAACCGUCAUCGCCGUUCUCGGUUCGUUCACUGCGUCUCCGUUCUUUUUAUUCUUGGUUACCUUGCUGUGUUCGUUGCUACAUUCUUAUUCAUUUCAGUUCACGCAACCAAAGUCGGACCAGGAGUCGCUCAAGAUCAAAUCGUUUUCGUCACCGUCAUUCGGUACACCUGCUUUCAAAUUACUUGUGUCCCUUUAUCGGAGUGCAGUAGAACCCCAUCCUAUCGGCCACCGCGCCGUAGGCAGUACGGACGUCUGCGACGAUUCUCGCCCUAUAGAUCCCACCGAGGGGGUCGCGGCGCUCCCUACAUCUCAAUCUUCCCGCGCCGCGACAGUCACAGUCCCCUAAGGGAUGGAGGCGGUCCAGCGCCACUUCUCCAGCGUCCUGCUCGACUGCUACCACCGCCUACAGCAAUGACAACGAUGGGACCGGGUGGAGGCAGCCCGCUAGCCGGCCGGAUACCACCGCUGAACGAGCGCUUUGAGGGUCUGGUGGAGGCUACAUUACGUCAGCGCCGGCGUGAGUAUGGUGUGCCAGGGGGCCUAGCUUACCUUCUUCUCACCAACCGCCUCAAAUUACCCCUUCCCACACUCAUGCGUGAAGCGAAGGAGUUAUCUGUUGUGAUUGAACGCAACCUUCCACCGGAAGUUGCUGAUCCGACUGCGGAAAUAUCGUUUAACGUGGAUUUAGGGGUGAAUUUUGUCUUUCCUCACCCCCCAAAUGCGGGAACUAAACCUGUCUUUGAUCGUGAAGAGAUACCCACUUUUAAUAAGCCAGAAGACCUGGAAAAGAUCACUGAACGAGCGGCUGCUUCGUUGGCUGCUAUCGCGGCUAAUCGUAUGGGCUCUCAGCCGCCAAACAGCGCCUAUGGAGAGAUAAACAACAACAUUAACAAUAAUACCAACAAUUUAGAUAGGUCUGAUCGUCUGAGACGGGGUAAUGCAUUUAGUCAUUUGGGCCUCUCAAGCCCCCUCGAUGUUCCAAAAGGAUCUGCCUAUUUUAUGCACGAUGACCGCGAUGGACGUCCAUAUGGCUGGCGCAGGAGGGACUUCAACGAACCCUACCCUCGCGACACCUGGCGUCAAAGGCGGUUAGAUUACGAAUAUCGCCAGACCGAAGGCUACCGAGGAGCCAAUCGCCGUUGGACACGACGCUCGGAUGAGGAAAGAGGUGACCGGCCGGUGGAGGGCGGACGGCGCUGGGGCUACCGAUCAAUGCGUUAUGGAGGUCGUGAGGAGGUGGAGGAGGCGCGAUGGUGUCACGACAAGUUUUUGGAAUUGGAGGGGGAUAAAAACGACGGGGACGCUGAAGCCUCGCGUCACUUCUCUCCCUCCACCACGAAUUCACGUCUCAACCGCCGUGAAUCCAACUAG